AUGUGUCCUCACGAAGCUGAGAAAGCUGUAGUAGGAGAGACUACGCGUCUCCUGGACUCCGUACCAGGCGACGAAGAGCUGGCCGAGAGAGACUGGUCAUCAUCGGCAAAACGCACCUCUGCUUGGAAAGAGGAGUUGUCGGCCUUGAUCGAACUCAGUGUCCCCGUGAUCGGCACUUAUCUGCUGGAAAUGUUUCCAGGAAUCACAUCGAUAAUCCUUGUUGGUCACAUCCACCACGAACAGACAGAAGAGUUCAUUGAUGCCACAGCUUUGGCAGUCAUGUUUAGAAAUUGUGUUGCCAUCUCAGUCGGAGUUGGACUGACUUCUGCCUUGGAUACCCUCUGUUCACAGGCAUACGGAGCCAACGAGACCCAUCGCAUGGGAACAUAUCUUCAAACAGGAGUCUUGGUACUAUCAGCUUUUACGGUCCUUGUUGCAGUACUGUUCUACUUUUGCGAGGAAAUUCUAAUAGCCCUCGGGCAACCAGAAGAGGUUGCCAAAAUGACGGGUACAUUUAGUAGGAUCUUGCUGCCCGGGAUUCCCGCACUCUACCUUUAUGAGCUGCUUCGCAAAGUACUACAGGCUCAGAAUGUGGCCAAUCCAAUGCUGAUUGUAUCCAUUGCGGCAAACGUGGUCAAUGUUGUCCUGGGAUAUUUUCUUGUGUUCCACACGGCGUGGGGGUGGCUUGGGGCAGCCGUGGCAAGAACGGCCUCGGACAUGACCUUCUUCUUACUGCUUUUGCCUUACACAGUUGGAAGUGGUCUAUCAACCACUUUCUGGACAGGAAUCCACUGGAAGGAAGCUGUAGAAGGUAUCACCCAAUUCCUGACGCUCGGGAUCCCAGGCAUGCUUCAGGUGUGCUUUGAGUGGUGGGCGUUUGAAGUGCUGGCCUUGAUCUGUGGCCUGCUACCCAAUGCAGUUGUAUCAAUUGGAGCCAACGCUGUUGUUCUCAAUAUUGCUUCGAUGGCUUUCAUGCCCUAUUAUGGCCUCUCGGUUGGCUGUAAUGUUCGCGUGGGAAAUGCGCUGGGAGCCAGCGAUCCGGAACGAGCAAAGUUGGCAGCAUAUCUUUCAUUAGGACUUGCUGCAGCCACUGCCGUGGUGUGCGCAACCUUGCUUCUUACCUUUCGAAAGAGUAUUCCUCGGUGGUUGACGCACGAUGAGGAAAUCAACCAGUUGUCGGCAGAACUAUUGAUCGUUGUCGCCGUCUUCCAGCUUCCAGAUGCAAUCAACGGGACUGUGCAAGGCAUCUUUCGAGGAAGUGGACGGCAGGCUCUUGGUGCCCAACUGAACUUUGUGGCAUAUUACCUGCUGGGACUCCCUUUUGCUUUUCUCCUCGCCUUCUGGCUCCACCAAGGCGUAGCAGGUCUCUGGGAAGGCAUGACGGUAGGGUUGUUGCUCGUGGCAGUCGUUGGAACCAUUCUCGUUAAAAGAAGCGAUUGGGUGUUGCUCGCCAAGCAAGCAACAGAACGCAUCGAGGAGGAGGGUCUCCAAAAAGACUAG